AUGCAAUUAUCAUCGGUGUUCAGCCAACUUUGCCAUUUUUCAUUAAAAUUAAAAGCAUUUACAUCAAUUUCUGAUCCAUUAGUUAUAUCCGGCGACAUUAUUCAACAAUUGUACAUUGAUCGUCUUCAACCAAUGGUAACUUACAUUUUUAAUCUAUUAUUAUACGCUACGGACACUUUUGAAGAAAAAAGAAUUUUCAAUUCCCUUUUUAAAGUUCCAUUUAUUCAACGACAGCAACCGAGAGUAUUCAUUCAAGAACUUAAUGAUCGAGAGAUUGGUCCUACAUAUCAUUGUUUUAGGAUGGCUUAUAACGUAUACACACUAGAAAUUUUUGAUGAUUGUGGAAUUUUAUUUCGCCCAAUUUUAAAUAAUCAUAAUCUUACAACUCUAAUCAAUCAACAAAUUAAAUCAUUGGAAAUCUUCGAUAUAACAUGGACAUUGCAAAAUGCUCAACGAAUUCGCACAUUAUUGUCGAAUCGAUUAUCUAACUUGAAGAAACUUUCAUUUAAUAUUUGUGAUGCAUAUCGUCGGUGGAAAUGGAAACCAUCUUGUAUUGUUGACGGGAAAAAUAAAUUCGCAAAACGAAUUGUUACUCCUAUUUAUCUGCUUGUUAAUAAAUUACAAAAACUUGUUUCGCUACGCAUUGGCUUUUCCAAUUCCGAAUUUCAUGAUACAUCUUGUUUCCCACAUUUAAUUCGACAACAAUUACAUCAAUACCAUUUCAAUUACGACUUUCGUCCAAUGCAAUUGAACUGUGACUUUAAUAACGGGUGGCCCAUGAAAAAUGGCGGUCUCAUUAUUUACUCAAUAUCUUUUUUGCUCUUCACUGAUUUGAACUGA